AUGAAUAGCAAAAAACUGUCGGCGAAACAAUUGCGCAAAAAAUUUGAACGACAAGCCGAAUGUGACGAUUCCUAUUAUGAUUUAAGAGAAUCGCGAAAAUGGAGAGAACCGCCUGAAAAAUCACUAAGAUUCGAAGAUAUUCGUUUGAGAUCAACCAAUUUCUCAAAUGAGCUGAUCGAAGAGGCGAAAAAGAUACUUGGCGAUGCCCUACAACUUUGCGGAAUCGAAAAUGAGAUUGCUUCAUUCAUGAAAAAACACUUUGACAAUACGCAUGGAGGCCAUUGGCAGUGCGUUGUCGGAAGAAAUUUUGGAAGUCAUUUGGAUCCGGUGCAAUUUGUCCAUUUCACAAUUUCGAAAAUCUCCGUCAUUCUUUUCAGAUGA